UAAUUUUAUUUUAUGGAUAAAAUUGGGUGGAGCAGGGUUUUGGUGUCCCCCUAAGCCCCUCUUUGCUCGGCAGCGUUGCUAUCCGUUGUAUCGUUCACACCCUCUCUCAAAUGUCAAAUAUGAAAGAACCAAACACCCUCUGAACCUUUUCCCCUUAACUCGUUUACGCUAAGAUAUGCAGUUACCUUACUAGUGCUGGAGUUGCAUUGCGAAACUUGACAAAGGUUUUUGGUCAAUGAGAAUUACGAUGGAUCUACUUAUCCGACAAGAAAAGUAAGAGGAGAAGUGGUUGUGUGUAGAAUUUGGCAAAUUUAGUGACUGAUUUUUGGAAUUUAAGAGUUAAUGGAUUAAGUAUAUGAUAAUAACAUUUGGUUUGUAAUGCAUGAUGUUGUACUUGUCUUUUUAUGUUUGAUGCUACUCUGUCCAUUAUUGUUGAUUGGUUCUCUUUUCUUUUUGGGCAUUGAAGUGUCAAGUUGUGAUCUAGAUUCUCACAAAGCAUAAACAGGUAGGUCAUAUUGCCAUAGGAAUUUAGUAACAAUGACUGUGUCUGGGUUGUGUGGUUGUCCCUCAAGAUGUCCCCGGCUACCUUUUAGUCCCCUGGGAUCACACCAUGUCCAUGCUAUGGCCUUUGCUGUGGCUGGGAAAAGUAGGCGAGGGCCUGAGUUUUUCCAAGUGGAAAGAACAAGUUUUUUGUCUCCUAUAUUAAAAUGCAAUAGACGACAAGUUCAAUUGGUCAAAAGUGCCAUGGAUGCUUCAUAUGGUGAUAUGGCAAAUGAUUCUUCAGCUGUUUUUCCAAGAAUUAAUGUGAGGGACCCAUAUAAACGACUUGGAAUUAGCAGAGAAGCUUCUGAAGAUGAAAUUCAAGGAGCUAGGAACUUCCUGAUUCAAAAAUAUGCAGGACACAAGCCAAGCAUAGAUGCAAUUGAAUCAGCGCAUGACAAAAUAGUCAUGCAAAAGUUCAAUGAGCGGAGGAACCCAAAAAUUGACAUUAAGAAAAAAAUGAGGGAAGUGAAUCAAUCCCGAUUUGUUCAGGCUGUCAGGGGCAGGUUUUCUACUCCAUCAACAAAAUUCAUUAUAAAAACGUCACUGGUAUUCUUGUUACUUGGAGUUCUGACAGUCGUCUUUCCAACUGAGGAAGGACCGACUGUUCAGGUAGCACUAUCUCUGAUCGCUACACUGUAUUUUAUACACGACCGGCUGAAGAGCAAGAUACGAGCUUUGCUUUAUGGGGUUGGAGCAUUUAUUUUUUCGUGGUUGUUGGGAACCUUCCUGAUGGUGUCUGUAAUUCCUCCUAUUACUGUACUUAAAGGACCAAGGGCAUUUGAAGUGAUCACAUCAUUGAUAACAUACGUUUUAUUAUGGGUUUCAUCGACCUAUCUAAGGUGAAGAGGUUUUUACAGCAGAAGACCAGUUUUUGCAUCGGAAGCUCACAUAAUGUUAUGAUUUACCUUUAUUUAGUUGUCAAAUUAUUCCUUAAAGUAAAAAUAAAAAUAAAAAUGAUAUACCUAUUUAUGUCGAAUGAACGGUUGUUUUCUAUUGUCGGUUAAUAUUUGAACGAGCAAAUACUGUAUUUUUUAGGCGUAGAAUUGAAUGUGAUUUGUUCAAUAUGGAUAUGACUUAC